CUGGAGACUGCCCCGCCAACAAGCGGCGGGAGCGAACACGGAGAACGCCGGCCCGGAGCCAGACAGCCCGGGCGCCUAUCUGGGCUCCAGUUCACCUCCCACUCAGCUUGACCUUGUGUUUCCUUCUGAGCUUCGGGCUCCUAUAAAUUGAGGACAAAGAUGCCUGUGCCACAAGGGUCAACGAGCGCUUUCCCCGGCGCGGGCAUCAGCUCCUCUCUUGGUCACAGCUCGCAGAGGGACUGGGGAUGGAAGAUGCUGGUGGCAUGAACCCAACCCAGUUGCUUCCUUUUCAGAUUCCGCAGUGCGCCUCAAAGCCAGAGAAGGGAGAGGUUCGGCCAGCUUCGGGGCAGGGAGUCUGCAGAGGAGCACCUGCGGCUGUCCCACCCCAACGACCCGGCGCCUUGGGGGAUGGGCGCUCAGCCCCUCGAGGGUGACCGCUCGCCUGAGGCUUCCUAUUUCGGGAGCGGGGGGCGUUGGCCACAUCUUAUCACGUGACGCUAGGGCUAUUUAAAGCGGCAGCUCGGGACGCAGGCAGCGGUUUCCGCAGUCCCUGCACACCUUCCUUACGUUUCUCAGCUUCUUUCUCAGCCUAGCCCAACCUCAUCAUGGUGGAGGCCUUCGUGGGAACCUGGAAGCUAGUGGACAGCAAGAACUUCGAUGACUACAUGAAGUCACUCGGUGUGGGCUUUGCUACCAGACAGGUGGCCUGCAUGACCAAGCCCACCACAGUCAUUGAGAAGAACGGUGACAUUAUCGUCAUAAAAACACACAGCACCUUCAAGAACACGGAGGUCAGCUUUCAGCUGGGGGUGGAGUUUGAUGAGACAACAGCUGACGACAGGAAGGUCAAGUCCCUUGUAACGCUGGAUGGAGGAAAACUCGUUCAUGUGCAGAAGUGGGACGGGCAAGAGACAACACUUGUACGGGAGCUAAUUGAUGGGAAACUCAUCCUGACACUCACCCAUGGCAGUGCAGUUUGCGUUCGCACUUACGAGAAGGAGGCAUGACCCGAGCUGCCAGCGCUGCCAAUGACUACUCCUCUGCCACGUGACUACCCUUCGGCUAGCACCACAUUGCCUCACUCUUUUUCCUCUAGUAUUUUGUAUAAAUCCACUUUGGUUAGGAAAUUAUUUAGGGGGUAAAGUGGUGCCAGCCUAGAUCCAGUUCCAGUUCCUAUUAUGUAUGAGGUGUGUGUGUGUUUUUUAAAAAAUGUAUCCAAAAGGUGCUCUGAGGUCAAUAAAGCAGAGCGAAGAC